AUGGAUAAUGGUGCAAUAAUCGAUGAGGGUGUUUAUAUCCUCAGACCAGAAGAUUUGGCAAGGUUAGAGGGCUGGAAUGGAAGCGUCCCAGAUUCCAUUAAUAAGUGCGUGCACUGGCUCAUCCAAGACCGCUGCAAAGCACAGCCCGACGCUCCCGCUAUUUGCGCCUGGGAUGGUGAUUUUUCCUACCGAGAACUAGACCAGCACUCAUCUCACUUGUCUCGCCACCUGGCAGGUGUCGAUGUUCAACCGGGCAUGUUUGUGCCGCUCUAUUUCGAGAAGUCCAAGUGGACAGCAGUGGCCAUGUUGGACAUCCGCGCAAGUCUCAUCGUGUGUUCUUUGCUAAACCAGAUGGCUGCUGCCGCGCUUGCUCGGGAGGUAGUCUGUUUGAGUGACGGGUUACCGCUCACAAGUAACCGAAAUGUGGACAAAAUGACUGCCAUGCCUGGUGACCCUGUAUAUGCCGUGUUCACCUCUGGAUCUACAGGCAAACCCAAAGGAGUCGUGAUUACCCAUACCUCCUUCGCCACUAGCGCACUUGCUCAGAUAGAGCUCCUGUCACUGAUGGCCACCUCUAGGGUUUUUCAGUUUGCCUCCUACGCCUUUGAUGCAAGCAUCAUGGAAACCCUAACAACAUUGACAGUAGGGGGUUGUAUCUGUGUUCCGUCCGAGAAAGAGCGCCUGGCCUCUAUCACAGAGGCUGCAACCAAGCUGCAGAUCACUUGGGCUUUUUUCACUCCCUCUGUCGCUACCCUGUUAGUAAACAGUCAGAUUCCCACUCUUACGACGAUGGUCCUCGGAGGUGAGCCUUUAUCUCCACCCGAUAUUGCAGUGUGGGCCAAACGUGUGCAACUUAUCGUGGCCUACGGGCCUACGGAAUGUUCCGUAAUCACGGCAGCUCACCCGUCCGUGGAACGCACGGGAGACCCUCGAUGCCUUGGGGUCACCAAGGCCGGGGUAUGUUGGGUUGUAGAUCCACAGAACCAUGAAAAGCUCACAUCAAUUGGAGAUGUCGGCGAGCUGAUCAUUGAAGGGCCGCUUGUGGGCUGUUGCUAUCUCAAUGAUGAUAAAAAGACUUCGCAGUCCUUUAUCCAGGCGCCGCGGUGGUUGAGCCACUUUCGCGGACUUGGUAGGGGCGACCAACUUUACAAAACGGGCGAUCUAGUGCGGUAUGCUAAGGAUGGGUCGCUUUUGUAUGUUGGGAGAAAAGACACCCAAAUCAAGGUUCGUGGACAACGUGUAGAACUUGGAGAAAUUGAACAACAGGUAAGACGUUGCUUCAGUGACUGCCAACAUGCCGUAGUUGAGGCCGUAGUGCCCACCGAACAGAUUAGUCCACCGAUGCUGGUCGCAUUCGUGUACGAGAGGCCGGCUGUCUCGCUAGACAAGCUUCAUUACCCAAGGCGCUUUGAGCAGGUCGUCGCUGCACCAACGGACUCCUUCCGGGCCAAAGCAAUCGCAGCAGAGGCGCAGUUGUGUGAUGUACUUCCCACAUACAUGGUUCCCAGAAUAUUCGUCCCAUUGCUGCACAUACCCCUGACCAUGUCAGGCAAAGCCGAUAGACACCGACUGCGAGAUGAGGCCGCAAGAGUAUGCCGUGAUCAAAUAACUGCAUACCUGGAAACCGUGCCUAUGGCAUUAGGAAAGCUACCGACUGGAGUCGAAAGAAAGCUACAGCGCGUCUGGGCCAAGGUGUUCAAGAUCGACCUAAAGUGCAUUACCACGGAUGCCAAUUUCUUUCGCCUUGGUGGCGACUCCAUCACCGCCAUGCGAUUGGUAAACCUGGGGCGUGAAGAAGGCUUAGAGUUAUCAGUUGCGGAGGUGUUUGAUCAUCCCCAGAUCUCACACUUAGCGUUGGUGGCCCGAUGUACCAACCAAACAGCAGUUGUCGAGGCUGAAUGUUUCUCUCUUCUUCCUCCCAGCGAGGCUCAGGAUAUCAUGGCCAUAGCGCUAGGACAAUGUUAUGUGAACCCUAUUGACAUUGAGGACAUCUACCCAUGUACGCCGCUUCAGAAAGGGUUGAUGUCGAUCACAAUAAAAAAACCGGAUGCUUACGUUUUUUGUGAGAGGUAUAAGCUAUCCAUGGGCAUCGACAUUGCCCGACUCAAGACGGCAUGGCAGGCUAUAGUCCGGGGUAAUCCAAUACUUAGGACUCGUAUUAUUGAGGCCGGCUUGCACGGAAUGUUUCAGGUUGUGACUAAGGAAGGGAUACCAUGUGAGGUGAUAGAAUGUCCUACACCGAGCAAGAAGAUACACGACACCCCCGUCUCAUUCCAGCUUGGAAGCCAUCUUGGACGCCUUCGCCUUGUACUUAGAGACAGCUUGCGUACCUGGGAUGAACUGGAAUUAACCAUACACCAUGCUGCAUAUGAUGGGUGGUCGCUGCCUAUGGUAUUCCAGCAGCUUGAAGCGGCAUAUCAUGGGGAACCGCGCUCAGCCCGGCCAUUUAAUAUCUUCAUUAAACAUCUCUCCCUGGGGAAUACGGCUGAUGCCGACGCAUUUUGGAGAUCACAACUCCAGGGCUAUAAGGGACAACCGUUCCCGGCACAGUUGUCUAUGGAUUACACACCAAAUCCGACGGAGUCACUCGAAUGCCGUAUAAACACUGAUUUAGAGCUCAGAGGAGAUUUUACUCCCACUAUUGUCCUGCGCCUAGGCUGGGCGCUUGUUUUGUCCCACUAUACAGGCUCUUCUGAUGUAGUAUAUGGAGUAACAGUUUCCGGGCGACAUGCUCCAGUUACUGGCAUUGAGGAUAUAAUGGGGCCCACAAUUGCCACUGUGCCGGUGCGAAUCCAAUUACAAAGCCACUGGACUGUUGCAGAAGUACUCCGUGUGAUACAAGAUCAAGCUACGAAUAUGAUUCCAUUCGAGCAUGUAGGUCUGCAGAGCAUCGGCCGCCUAGGUUGGGAGGCAGCAGAAGCCUGUCGAUUUCACAGUCUGCUUAUAAUCCAGCCCCCUACUAUGCCAAAGUGUGCAGCAACGAUAUUUGAGGAGGGCCUGAACCUUACGAGAAAGCAGGAGGUUGGAUCCUACGCCCUGACUAUGCAAUGCGAAUACGACAGGAAAUCCCUUAAACUCCGGGCAGCUUUCGACAAACAAGUCGUGCCGAGGCUGCAGAUGCGGAGGAUCAUACACCAUUUCAAGCAUGUGCUACAGCAGGUCAGCACUCGACUAGGCAUGCAUUUGGCAGAUAUAGAGCCACUGAGCCUAGAAGACAAGGAUGAGUUGCAAGAAUGGAAUGGAAGCGUCCCAGACUCCAUUAAAGAGUGUGUACACUGGCUCAUCCAAGACCGCUGCAAAGCACAGCCCGACGCUCCCGCUAUUUGCGCCUGGGAUGGUGAUUUUUCCUACCGAGAACUAGACCAGCACUCAUCUCACUUGUCUCGCCACCUGGCAGGUGUCGAUGUUCAACCGGGCAUGUUUGUGCCGCUCUAUUUCGAGAAGUCCAAGUGGACAGCAGUGGCCAUGUUGGGGGUGAUGAAAGCGGGUGCCGCGUUUGUGCUCCUGGAUCCCUCGCACCCACUGUCACGCCUGAAAGACAUCUGUGAAGACAUCCGCGCAAGUCUCAUCGUGUGUUCUUUGCUAAACCAGAUGGCUGCUGCCGCGCUUGUUCGGGAGGUGGUCUGUUUGAGUGACGGGUUACCGCUCACAAGUAACCAAAACGUAGACAAAAUGACUGCCAUGCCUGGUGAUCCUGUGUACGCCGUGUUCACCUCUGGAUCUACAGGCAAACCCAAAGGAGUCGUGAUUCAACACAGUUCAUUCUGCUCCAGCGCUCUCGGACAUGGCAAGUUAUUUGGUCUCUCUUCUGGCUCCAGGGUCUUCCAAUUCUCCUCCCAUGCGUUUGACGUAAGCAUUACGGACCACCUCACGACCUUGAUCAUGGGCGGAUGCAUUUGCGUUCCUUCCGAAAACGAUCGACAGAAUUGCCCAGCAAGAGCCGCCAAUGACCUGGGCGUCACCUUCGCUGAUUUAACACCAUCCGUGGCCAGGAUGCUUUGCCCGUCGAGAAUAUCUACUAUGAAGACAGUUGUUCUCAGCGGCGAAGUUGUUACUGCAACGGACCUGGAGCUUUUGGCCAUUGGCCCGACAAUAAUACGAGUGAUGAACUCCUACGGUCCGGCCGAAUGUGCUGUGAAGUCAACCUUAAACUGCGAUGUUCGCCCUGUAACUGAUCCACAAAAUAUUGGAAAAGCAGUGGGCGGUAUCUGUUGGGUUGUGAACUCCAAUAAUCAUGAGAAACUGGUGCCUAUUGGUGCCGUUGGAGAGUUACUAAUUGAGGGCUCCAUUGUCGGAAGUGGUUAUCUAUGCGACCCAGCAAAAUCUUCGGCCGUGUUUAUCCAAGCCCCGUCAUGGCUACGACGCUUCCGAGCUGCCGACUACACUGGAAGACUGUACAAAACUGGCGAUUUAGUACAGUAUGUCGCUACUGGCGAGCUACGCUAUAUUGGCCGCAAAGACACGCAGGUCAAGCUUCGCGGUCAGCGCUUGGAGCUUGGCGAAGUCGAACAUCAGACACAAAAGUGCUUCCCGAGCGCCCACCAGGUUGUGGCGGAGAUAAUCAUCCCAGUAGUCUCUGGCAGGCAGCCGAGCCUGGUUGCCUUUGUAUUUGAUGGGCGAGGCAGCCGUCAGGCAGCUGACCCAAAUGCAUUGUCAAACAGCGCGUUAUUUGGUCCGCCUGAUGGCAAAUUCGCGUCCCAAGCUGUCGCUGCUAGGCUACAUCUACCACAGACACUACCCACUUACAUGGUCCCUAGCGCCUUUGUCCCGCUCACCCAAUUGCCACUCACGCCAUCAGGCAAAGUCGACCGACAUCUCUUGCGGGAGGCCGCCGCAUCGCUUUCGCAGGAGCAGCUAACAGCCUACACCACCAUGGGGUACAAAAAGAGAAGUCCGUCGACAGAAAAUGAAAAAAAGCUACAGCGCGUCUGGGCUAGUGUGUUGCACCUCGAUAUGCAUGAUAUUGGCAAGGAUGACAGCUUUAUCCCCCUCGGAGGCGAUUCUAUCACUGCAAUGAGCAUGGUCAGUGCAGCUCGGAACGAGGGCCUGCACUUGACAGUCUAUGACGUCUUCCAGAAUAAGCAGUUGUAUAAGCUCGCUCAGCAGAAUACCAGUAUCCAACCCAUUGACGGCUCCUGCAAAAACAUUCCUUGGUCAUGGGCCAACUGUACAUCUUGCACAGAGCUCUUCGAAUCCCAUAUCGCUCCGUCUCUCCCUUUUUCCGUGAAGAUAACGGAUGUUCUGCCAACCACGGAAUGCCAGCAGUACUCACUAAAUACCCAGGCAUUCACUUAUUUUCGUCUCCACAUUCGUGGUGGAGCCAAUAUACAACGCGUAAAAUCUGCAUGCACAGCUCUUGUCGAACGCCAUGCAAUACUUCGUACUAUGUUCGUCCCAUACCAGAACCGUGACUUCGUCCAGGUUGUGCUACGCCGCAUGGAAGUUCCUUUGAAAAUAUGCUGUGGUCGGGACAUAGGUCCCCUAGCGUAUGCUAGGUUGCUCUGCGAGGCUGGGUGUCUGAAUCCUCCCCAUAUCGCAGUACCACCUCUCCAUUUCACUCUUGUUGCGCAGGGGAAGGAUGCACAUGUUCUUGUUAUACGUAUAUCCCAUGCACAGUACGAUGGAAUCUCUCUACCCAUUCUUCUGGGUGAUCUGGCCGGGUUGUGCGAUAAGGAGACACUUGUGUCUCCGGUCACUGACUUUCCAAUGUAUGUCCGCCAGCGGUAUGCACAAAGAUCCAAUGCGGCGGUCAACUUUUGGAGAAGAACAUUAGACGGUUCCUCCAUGACGGUACUCAGCCUCAGUCCUGGUCCCGGCUUUACGUUGCAGGACACGCCUGUCAAGACCUCGGGGGAGGUUCGAAUAUCACACAGCUCUAUGGAUGGGAUUACUAUCGCCACGGUUGUCAAAGCAGCGUGGUCAUGGGUUUUGUUCACGCAUUCCGGGCAGACCGAUGUCGUAUUUGGCCAGUUAGUAAGUGGGCGCAACUUUGAAUUACCAGGAAUUGAUCGGGUCGUCGGUUCCUGUCUCAACAUCACGCCGGUAAGGGUGACAUUUCCACAAUCAUGGACUGUUCGCGAACUUCUUCGUCACGUUCAUGAUCAGCACGCCCAAUCCUUGGCAUUCGAAACUACAAGCUUUCGAGAAAUCGUGAAAGAGUGUACCUCGUGGGCCAGUACUACAGAGUUUGGAAGCGUGGUCCAGCAUCAAAGUACGGACGAAAACCCAACUAUCAGCAGGGGAACACAUACAUUCACUACCAGUCGCUUUUCCCACGCGCAGACGCCACGAUAUGUCUCUGUCUCAUCUAGGGCUUACAACUCUCGACUGCGGGUUGAGAUUAGCACUUCAUCUGCACUUCUUGAGCAGAGCGCUGCUGACCAGCUUAUUAAUGCUUUGUGCAACUUUGUGUCUGAUUUUGUGACAUGCCCAGACAUGGUUUUAACCUGUAUUUCCACACCAAUCUCAUGA